AUGCUUUCAAACGAAGAUGAAAAUGGUGUUCUUUUCGCACAAUGGCUAGGAACCCAGCCACAGGAAGAUCCAUUUUGUUACCAGCCCUAUAGCGGGCCGUUUCCCAGUUUUCCUUGGACCGAAAACCUAGUGCUGGAUACUGGGUCAGCAGGUUCUGCUUCGCAGUCGGACGAGGAUACAGAAUUUUACAGCAAUUUUGUUAUUCCACCAUUUACACAGUACACGCAACAGCAGCCAAACCAGCAACCACAGCAGCAGAAGCAGCAGCAGCAGUUAGAACGCGAGCCAGUUUCUAGGCGGCCAAGACAGCGUAGCCCCCUCAAUGAUCGCACUUGCCCGAUCUGUCACAAAGUCUUUACUAGGAAGGUUUCUGUUAAGGUCCACAUGGUAGUUCAUGUUAACACGAAACCUUACGCAUGUGAUUAUCCUGGUUGCAAAAAAAAAUUCAACGUCAAGGGGAAUCUACAACGGCAUUCUAAGUGCCAUAGACCCAAUAACGACACGACUCGUAAGAAGGGUGUUGCAAAUCCCAGGACAAAUAACGCGGCCACAACCGCCAGCGCUCAGCAAUAUUUGUCUGCAUGCCCCGAGUCGAUCCAAUGA